CUCCCCCCCUCCCCACCACCACCACUCAUGUUCGCCCUCCGCUCGUCGCUCCGUACCGCCGUGCGCGCUCCCUCGCGCGGCCUGGUCACUACGGCCCGCGCUGCUCCCCGGCCGGCGGUCAUCGCCGCGCUCCGCCGCGGCAUCACGACGUCGACGCCGCUUGCUGAUGGCGGCCCCGACGAGAUCCCGCACCACGGCGUCAACGUCGAGAACCCCAUCAAGAUCCAGGAAGUCACCCCCGCCCCCGGUGGAGACUUUGAGAUUGUCAUGGUCGGCGCUGGUAACAUCAUGUUCGGCUCAGACGCCGGACCCUGGAACCACUCGUUCCGCCUCGAGCACAAGCUCGGCCCCCGCCUCAAGGUGACUGCCCUCAUCGACCCCAACACGGACCGCGCGAACGCCAUCCUCGAGAAGAAGCGCGCGUCGUUCGUCGAGCCCGCGUACCGUGACACGAUUGUGUACCGCACCAUUGAGGACUACCACGAUGCCCUCAACAAGUCGGGCAAGGAGCAGCCUGAGGCCAUCAUUGUCGGCUCGCCCCCCAUGUUCCGUGGCGGCACCACGGCCGGCCGUAACCUCGAGCUCGAGCUCGUCAAGCUCUUCCCCGGCGUCGCCUACUUCAUUGAGAAGCCCGUGUCGGCCGGCCCCGUCAACGAGGCGUGGCAGGUCACCCAGGACUUAAUCAAGAACGGCAACGUUGUGUCGGUCGGCUACAUGCUCCGCUACCUCCGCUGCGUUCAGAAGAUGAAGCAGAUCAUCCACGAGAACGACCUCUCGGUCAUGGCCACCAACGCGCGCUACUCGGCCGCCUACGAGUCGAUUGACAAGCCCGCAUGGUGGGACAAGUCCAAGGACAUGGGCCCCGUCAUUGAGCAGGGUACCCACUUCUGUGACCUGUCGCGCUACUUUGGUGGUGACGUCGACCUCUCGACUGUCGCCGCCCGCACUGUCGAGUGGUACGAGAAGCCUGGAGUGCUCUCCAAGAUCCCCGCUGCCGUCAACGAGAAGGCCAUCCCCGAGGAGGAGCGCAUCCCCCGUAUCACGUCGGCUGUGUGGAAGUACGAGAACGGCGCCGUCGGCUCGUUCACCCACACUGUCGCGCUCCAGGGCACCGCGUACGACUGCGAGCUCGAGGUCUGGUGCGACGGCUACCACAUGCGUCUUGUCGACCCUUACAACAACCCCACCCUGCUCGUCCGCCGCCCCGGAGACGACCACGAGGAGAAGCACACCUUCACCGACGACGACCCCUUCUUCAGCGAGAUCUCGUCGUUUGUCGACGCCAUCGAGGGUGGCCCCGACGCCCACAUCCUCUCGUCGUUUGAGGACGCCACCAAGACGUACGAGCUUACCUGGGCCAUCCGCAACGCUGGUGAGAAGGCCGCCGCCGCCAUUAAGAAGUAAUAGAAUCGUUUGUUAGUGACGCCAGCGGCAGACUGGCGUUGUAGAGUAGGACAAUGCAUGGUGCUAGAACAGA